UGGCGAUCUGUCUAUUAAUCUGUGGCGUAGCACGUGUUUGGUAUUCGGCUGGUAUUGUGCUGCGAAUAUUUCGCAUAUUCGCAUACGAGGAGUUUGCGAGAUGAGGGUCCACGACGAUGCGGAUCCUAAGUACAACGUGAUGGGGAAGUCGUCCAAGAUAAAUUUAAAGCGGCCCAACACUGUUGUGUUCCGCGAAAAGGCCAACAAAGUGCAAAAAAUAACGAAUGAAAACAACACGUGCAACAACUCUUCGAAUGUAAUAAAGAGCAACGACAAAUCAAACUUUAGUUUGCAUCAGCAAAGAAAGUCAUUGCCCGUCUACAUGCAUCGUAAAAGAUUAUUGGAAGAGAUACGGCGGCACAAUACUCUAAUUAUAAUUGGCGAAACCGGCAGCGGUAAGACUACGCAGAUUCCGCAGUUGUUGCUCCAGGCUGGCAUAGCCGGUUCGUCCGGCUGCAUCGGUAUCACGCAACCACGCAGGAUAGCGGCGGUUAGUAUAGCGCGCCGUGUCGCUCAAGAGCAAGGAACCAAGCCAGGAAAAUUGGUGGGUUACUGCGUACGUUUCGAGGAUUGCACCUCCUCGCACACGAAGAUCAAAUAUCUGACGGACGGUAUGAUGGUGCGAGAAGCGAUGACCGAUGAGAUCCUGUCAGAUUAUUCGGUAGUGAUACUUGACGAAGCUCACGAGCGAUCUGUACAGACCGACGUUCUGUUUGGAGUGACGAGACGAGCACAAAAUUUGCGAAAGUUGAAGAACCUACUGCCGUUGAAACUUCUGAUUAUGUCAGCCACGAUGGAUCCUAAUAAAUUCAAAGAGUACUUUCAAGCAUCAGCAUUGUAUCUGGAGGGUCGUCAACAUCCCGUGAGAAUUUUUCAUGCAGUUUCCACACAGCAAGACUAUGCAUUUGCCGCUCUAGUCACGGCGUUUCAAAUUCAUCGUCAGGAACCUGCAAAUGAAGAUAUUUUAAUUUUUCUGACUGGUCAAGAAGAAAUUGAAGCAGCCGCGGUAGCCGCUCGACAAGUGGCUAAACAAUUGAAUGGAGAGAAGUAUCCUUCUCUAAAAGUUUUUCCCUUAUACGCAGCGCUGCCUACUCACCAGCAAUUGGAAGCCUUCAAACCUUCGCCACAGGGAAUGCGGAAAUUAGUAUUAGCAACAAACGUCGCUGAAACAUCCGUUACGAUUGGUGGAAUUCGCCAUGUGAUCGACACUGGUGUUGUCAAAGCACGAACUCAUCAUCCAAUGACGGGAUUAGACAUGUUGAGAGUUGAGAAAAUCUCACAAGCUCAAGCUUGGCAAAGGACGGGCAGAGCCGCUCGAGAAUCUCCAGGCAAAUGUUACAGAGCUUACACCCGAGAAGAAUUCGAGAAAAUGAAGGACAUGCCGGUGCCAGAAAUUCAAAGAUGUUCUCUCGCGGGAGUUGCUAUUCAACUGCUCGCUAUUGGCGUUGAUAUUACCACCUUCGAUUUCAUGGACAAACCGUCCAAGGAAGGCGUAGAUGUGGCUGUGAAAUGUUUAGAAAAGCUAGGCGCAGUUAAAGGAUCUCCACCGCAGCUGACUACACUCGGUCGUACGAUGUCAUUAUUUCCGUUAGAUCCUCGAUUUACCAAAGUGAUUCUCGCGUCGGUGGAACACAGGUGUCUGGAAGAAGCACUGACGGUUAUUGCUUUACUAUCGGGAGAAUCGAUUUUUAUGGAUCCACCUACGAAGAGGGAACAAGCUCACAAUACACGCUCACGAUUCGCUUCGCCUGAAGGAGAUCACGUAACGUUGUUGAAUGUAUUUCGAGCAUAUCGAAAUGUUACAACGAAAAAAGUAUGGUGCCACGAGAACUUUUUGCACCAUCGGAAUCUGGAGUACGCGUCGGAAGUAAGGCAACAGCUUGCGGCGUUGGCGGAACGUGCGAAUUUGGAGAAGGCGAGCUGCGGACCGAAUACAAAGCAGCUUCGAAAAGCUUUCCUCGAGGGACUUUACGAGAAUCUCGCGGAGCUACGGAGGGAUCAGACAUACGUCACGGUGUACUCGAAGCAGCCGGUAACCAUACAUCCUUCUUCGACGUUGCACGGUACGAAGCUGCCAUUGCUGCUGUUCACAGAGGUCGUAGCCACCGGAAAAUGUUACCUUCGCGGUUUGUCUGUCAUCGACCCAGCGUGGUUGACACAAAAGAACACCGGCUCUGGGAAACACGGUUGACGUAAUUUUUUGUACGACGUUAUUUAUACAGAGCUUAUUUUUGUUGACAUAAGAUAAAGCGAAACAAUUGAGGCCAUCAGAUAAAUGUGUCGAUGCAAUGAUUUUCGAGUAAUAAUAUUGAUAAUUAUGACACUAUAGUUUUAAAGGGAAAAAAUUAUUGCAUUGCGUUGCGUUGCGUUUUAUAUAUGUAUUUAUCCAUAGAAAUCUCAAUUGCUUCAUUUUAUCCUGUAACAUCAUGUUGACUUCUGUUGAAGAUAUGCUAUAUAUAAUCGAGAAGACUCACUUUUCUACCACUCAUAUAUUUUAAGGUAAAAUA